AUGAUGAAUUAUCUCUAAGAUAUUAGUGUAGCUAAUGAACCUAUGUAUAAAGUAUCAUCUAAUUCAGUAAAUUUGAAUUUUGGAUUCUUAACAUCUAAAUUAGCUACUGAUGCUAUUGGUUCUUCAAUCAAAGAUAAUAGUAGAAAUAGAUUAUUGGAGGAAGAGUUAGAGAAUACUAAUUAAAAUUAUAGCAAUUCAACAAAUUUUUUCAAAUUCUCAUAAACUCGUUUUAUUGAUAAUCCAUUUUACAGUUAAGCUGGAUUUCCUAAAAAUAGUAGUGGUUAUUCGGCUGUUGAUCCUAAAUUAUAUGUUAAGAAUACAAGUAUUGAAACUAAAAAUAUAACAUCUAGUAUGAAGAUGAAAUUUCAAACAACAAAAUAAUUGGCUCCAAAUACUUCAACAAAAUGUAUAGCAUAAAUAAAUUCGGGUAAUUGGAAUGCUAAUGUUUGUAAAACAAAAAAAGCCGAUGGAGAAACAAUUUGUGAAUGUGAAUCAUUAAAUCCUACAUCAAUAAUGGAAUCAUUAGAUUAUUUACUUGAUAAAGCUUCUCAAGUAUACUCAUUAGAUACACUACUUGCAUUUGCAUCUUUUCCAUUUUAUAAAACUAUAGCAUUCUACUUUUAUUUAUUUAUGACUGGAGGAUAUGCUUAUUUUGUUUAUUGGGGUAUGAAAGUAGAUCAUGUUUUUUACACUAGACUAGCAGCAGAAAAAGAAGCUAAAGAGGCUUUAGAAAAGUAGCUUAAGGAGGAAGAAGAAAAAUUGAAAGAAAAAGAACAAGAAUAAAUAUUAAAAUAAGAAGAUAUUAACAAUAAAGAAAAUCAAGAUGGAAUACAAGUUGAAUAAUUCGAUACUUAAAAUGAUGAAAAUUAAAGUAAAGCUAUUUUGGGACAAUAAGAUUUCAAUGAUGUUUAAAUUAAUUAAGAAAUUGGAGGUACAAUCUUUAACAAAGAUAAAGAACCAAAAUUAACAUAGAUAGAGGAUAAUAUAGUAAGAGAGUAGGUACCAACUUUAGUGGAUUUAAAUGAGCAAUUUUAACUUAUAUAACCUUAGAUAAAUUUUAUGUAAGAAGACGCAUAAAUGGUUAAUGAUAAUCCUCAUCUUACUGUUGAUGGAUAAAAUGAUACAUUCAAAUCACAAAUUUCUCCUGAAAAUAAGAUUGAUAAUUAUCCCUCUGCUUAACCUCUUUAAUAAGAUGAGGUUGAUCAAUAAAAUGCAACAGAAUAAAACCCAUAACAAAAAAAAGAAGCAGAAGAUAUGGUUUAAUAAUCAAUUUCUAAGAUUAAGGCAUAUAUCGAAUAUCUUAAAUAUUUCCAUUAAAUUUUAUCUAUUGUAUAUUAAGAUGAUGAAGAUAAACCAAGAGGACUUAGAGCAUCAAUUGUUUAUACUGGUAUUAUGGGUAGUUUAGCUGUACUUUUUGUAUUUGGAUAACCUAAUAAUAUAAGUCUUACUCUAACACUUGCUUUAUUUACUGCUCCUGUAAAUAAAAUAUAUUAAAUUGCAUUAGAAAAGAUGUUAGUACACAAAAAGAAAUUUGUAAGAAUUGGAGGUGCUAUUGUUAUGA